CAGAGGAAGAGGAAGUGAGGCGCACCGAGCACCCACGUGGAUUCUCUGCGUGUUUCUGCGUCUCUGAAACCCGGUUCCCUGGGCUUGCUGGGAACCACGGUUUAGUCAACAUGGGUCGCUCGGGGAAGUUGCCCUCAGGUGUGUCAGCUAAAUUGAAGCGCUGGAAGAAAGGCCACAGCAGUGACAGCAAUCCCGCCAUCUGUCGCCACCGCCAGGCUGCCCGCAGCCGCUUCUUCAGCCGGCCCUCAGGCAAGAGCGACCUGACAGUUGAUGCUGUGAAGCUGCACAAUGAGCUGCAGUCAGGAUCCCUGCGCUUGGGCAAAGGCGAAGCCCCAGAGACGGCCAUGGACGAAGAUGAGGAGCUGGCUCUUACCCAGAAGUCCUCGGCCACCUUCCUCAGUGGCCUCUCUGACUGCACAAAUGUCACCUUCAGCAAAGUACAGCGCUUUUGGGAGUCCAACUCAGCGGCCCACAAGGAGAUCUGUGCAGUUCUGGCUGCUGUCACCGAGGUGAUUCGCUCCCAGGGAGGGAAGGAGACGGAGACUGAGUACUUUGCUGCUCUGAUGACAACAAUGGAAGCAGUGGAGUCCCCAGAGUCGCUGGCUGCUGUUGCUUACCUACUAAACCUUGUCCUGAAGCGCGUGCCCAGCCCUGUACUCAUUAAGAAGUUCUCUGAUACCUCCAAGGCCUUCAUGGACAUCAUGUCUGCCCAGGCUAGCAGCGGCUCCACCUCUGCCCUCCGAUGGGUCCUUUCCUGCCUGGCCACCCUUUUGCGGAAGCAAGACUUGGAAGCCUGGGGCUAUCCUGUGACUCUUCAGGUGUACCAUGGGCUGCUGAGCUUCACUGUGCAUGCCAAGCCCAAGAUCCGGAAGGCUGCCCAGCAUGGAGUAUGCUCAAUUCUUAAGGGCAGUGAAUUCAUGUUUGGUGAAAAAGCCCCUGCUCACCAUCCUGCUGCCGUCUCCACUGCCAAGUUCUGCGUCCAGGAGAUUGAGAAGUCUGGAGGCUCCAAGGAGGCCACCACUACUCUGCACAUGCUGACGCUGCUGAAGGAUGUGCUGCCUUGCUUCCCAGAAGGCCUAGUGAAGAACUGUAGCGAGACUCUCCUGCGGGUCAUGACCUUGAGUCAUGUGCUGGUGACAGCCUGUGCCAUGCAGGCCUUCCACAGCCUGUUCCAUGCCAAGCCCAGCCUGGGCACCCUGUCUGCAGAGCUCAACGCACAAGUCAUCACGGCCUUGUAUGACUACGUCCCAAGUGAGAAUGACUUACAACCACUAUUGGCCUGGCUUAAGGUCAUGGAGAAAGCCCAUAUCAACCUGGUCAGGUUGCAGCGGGACCUGGGACUGGGCCACCUCCCUCGUUUUUUUGGAACUGCGAUGACCUGUCUUCUCUCCCCUCACUCACAGGUGGUGACAGCUGCCACCCAGACUCUCAAGGAGCUACUAAAGGAAUGUGUGGCUCCACACAUGGCUAACAUCGGUUCUGUGACCGUCUCAGCCUCAGGUCCUGCCCAGUAUAUUGCCAAGAUGUUUAGGGCGGUGGAAGAGGGCUUGACGUACAAAUUCCAUGCAUCCUGGAGCUCCGUGUUGCAGCUGCUAUGUGUCUUCUUUGAGGCAUGUGGGAGGCAGGCUCAUCCUGUGAUGAAGAAGUGCCUCCAGUCCUUAUGUGACCUGCGCCUCUCCCCUCACUUCCCCCACACAGCAGCCCUAGAUCAGGCAGUGGGGGCUGCAGUGACCAGCAUGGGACCUGAGGUGGUGUUACAGGCUGUGCCUCUGGAAAUUGAUGGCUCUGAAGAGACUCUGGAUUUCCCACGAAGCUGGCUGCUGCCCGUCAUCCGGGACCAUGUCCGGGAAACACGACUUGGUUUCUUCACUACCUAUUUCUUGCCCCUGGCCAACACCCUGAAGAGCAAAGCAAUGGAGCUGGCCCAGGCAGGCAGCACCGUGGAGUCCAGGAUCUAUGACACACUCCAGUGGCAGAUCUGGACCCUAUUGCCUGGGUUUUGCACAAGGCCCACGGAUGUGGCUACCUCCUUCAAAGGUUUGGCAAGAACACUAGGCACAGCCAUCAGUGAGCGCCCGGACUUGAGAGUCACUGUGUGCCAGGCCCUGCGCACCCUCAUCACUAAGGGCUGUGAGGCAGAGGCUGACCGUGCUGAAGUGAGCCGCUUUGCCAAGAACUUUCUGCCAAUCCUCUUUAACCUGUAUGGGCAGCCUACUGCAGCCGAGGACACUCCAGCCCCUCGCCGGGCCGUGCUGGAAACCAUCAAAACCUACCUCACCAUAACUGAGUGUCAGUUGGUGAAUGGUUUCCUGGAGAAAGCCAGUGAGAAGGUGCUUGACCCUGCCAGCUCUGACUUCACCAGAUUGUCUGUUCUGGACCUGGUUGUGGCCUUGGCUCCUCAUGCUGAUGAAGCUGCCAUCAGCAAGCUAUACUCUACCAUCCGGCCCUACCUAGAGAACAAGGCCCAUGGGGUUCAGAAGAAGGCCUACCGUGUGCUGGAGGAAGUCUGUGCUAGCCCCCAGGGACCUGGGGCCCGUUUUGUGCAGACCCACCUGGAUGAGCUGAAGAAGACCCUGUUGGACUCACUGCGGAGCACGUCCUCUCCCGCCAAGAGGCCUCGUUUGAAGUGCCUCAUACAUAUUGUGAAGAAAUUGUCAUCUGAGCACGAGGAAUUCAUCACCGCCCUUGUCCCAGAGGUGAUUCUAUGCACCAAGGAGGUGUCGGUGGGUGCUCGGAAGAAUGCUUUUGCCCUGCUGGUGGAGAUGGGCCAUGCUUUCCUGCGGUUCGGCUCUAACCAGGAAGAGGCUCUACAGCGCUACCUUAUCCUGAUCUACCCUGGCCUGGUGGGCCCAGUGACCAUGGUUAGCUGCAGCAUUCUGGCCCUGACUCACCUCCUUUUCGAGUUUAAAGGAAUGAUGGGGACUAGCACAAUAGAGCAGCUGCUGGAGAAUGUAUGCCUACUGCUGGCCUCCCGUACUCGUGAUGUGGUCAAGUCUGCACUGGGCUUCAUUAAGGUGGCCGUGGUGGUCAUGGAUGUGGUGCACCUGGCCAAACAUGUGCAGCUGGUGAUGGAAGCCAUUGGGAAACUUUCAGAUGACAUGCGCCGGCAUUUCCGCAUGAAGCUUCGGAACCUAUUCACCAAGUUCAUCCGCAAGUUUGGGUUUGAAUUGGUGAAGGGGCUGCUGCCUGAGGAGUACCACAAAGUCCUGGUAAAUAUCCGGAAAGCUGAGACCCGUGCCAAGAGGCACCGUGCCUUGAGCCAGGCUGCUGAGGAGGAAGAAGAGAAGGAGGAGCCUGCCCAGAGUAAAGGUGACAGCAUUGAGGAGAUUUUGGCUGACUCAGAAGAUGAGGAGGACAAUGAGGAGGAAGAAAGGGGCCGGGGCAAGGAGCAACGGAAGCUGGCACGACAGAGGAGCCGGGCAUGGCUGAAGGAGGGAGGAGGGGAUGAGCCUCUCAACUUCCUGGAUCCCAAGGUGGCCCAGCGAGUCCUUGCCACACAGCCUGGGCCUGGCCGGAGCAAGAAGAAGGACCAUGGCUUCAAGGUGAGCGCUGAUGGCCGGCUGAUCAUACGGGAGGAGGAAGACGAUGACAAGGUGGAAGAAGAGGAUACCACUAAAGGUGAGGAUGAAGAGAUGGCUGACCUGAUGGAGGAUGCGAGCAUCAGAAGUAAGAAGAGGCGUAAGCAGCAGAAAGAGUCUGAGGAGGAGGAGCUGGAGAUGCCCCCUCAGUACCAAGCCGGAGGCUCUGGCAUUCAUCGCCCCGUGGGCAAGAAAGCCAUUCCUGGGGCUGAAUACAAAUCCAAGAAGGCAAAGGGUGAUGUGAAGAAGAAGGGUCGGCUGGAUCCCUAUGCCUACAUCCCCCUCAACAGAACCAAGCUCAACCGCAGGAAGAAGGUGAAGCUACAGGGACAAUUUAAAGGUCUGGUGAAAGCUGCCCAGAGGGGGUCCCAGUUGGGACACAAACUCCGCAGAAAGGAUCGCAGGCCCUGAAGCUCCAUUGCUCCUACGCUGCUCUAUGGUCCAUCCUGAGGCCCCCUUUCAGUUCCCACGCUGCUUGACAUCAGCUCCGAGUACUCAGGAUUGGCACAACCUGGACUCAGAAUGACUUUUUGGAACCAGGGCUUGGCUCCCAGAAACACCCAGGAUUUUGGAAGUUCCAAAUGGAAACUGUUUUUUAGGGACAUCCCCAGUUCCUGGGGAUGAGACUGUGACCUCAGUGCCUCUGAGUAGGCCCCACAAAGCAGUGCUUCCUGCCAUAGUGACCAUGAGCAGCUGAGCAGUGAUCUUUUCCUCUAAUUGCUCAUAGCCACAUGACAGCCUCAGCCUGGCCAUGAUCUGCCUGUAUGAGAUCUGCUGUGAUUAGGCGCAGAAUAAAUAUGCAUCACUAUUUAGCCCCGA